GGAGGAGGGGGGGGUGUCCGAGUCCAGUUUAGAUCACAUCACUUCAGAGAUUCAAUCACGCGUUUCUCUUCAUCAUGGCGCGAUGUGCUCCUGACACCGGUUCCGUUCCAUGCCCGUGAUGCGCGUGAUGAUGAUGAUGAUGGUGACGGAUGAAAGAUGGAGAAACUAUCCGCGAGCAUUAACGGACUCUCGUGGAGCUCCGUGUCGCUGCCGCUGGACGUGGUCGUGAGCAAAUUCCGCUUACCGACACUCGUGCGGCUGAGCCACGGUGAGAAUGUGGAGGGUCUUUCGGAGGAGGAUGUGAUUUUUCUUCACUCCUGCAGACAGUGGACCACCGUCACUGCCCACAGUCUGGAGGAGGGUCAUUACGUGAUUGGACCCAAAAUAGACAUCCCGCUACAGUAUCAAGGGAAGUUUAAGUUAUUGGAUCAGGAUCGGGAUGUUCGCGAGCCAGUUCAAUACUUUGGAAGCGUGGAAGAAAUCGCAGGAAUUUUUCCUGAUCGUGUGUUCGUCAUGGAGCCCAUCACAUUUAGUGUUAAGGUGGUGUCUGGGGAGUUUUCGGAGGAUAGUGAGUUGUAUAAUUUCUCUCUUCAAGCGGGAGAUGAAUUAACCCUCAUGGGCCAGGCAGAACUGCUCUGCGUCCAAUCAACUCGCGAGAAAUCCCGCCUGACUGCAUUGCUACGGCGACUGGGCAAAGCAGGCGGAGCUCUGGGACGUCCCGCCCGCAUGAAGAUGCCUUGUUUGAUUUGCAUGAACCACCGGACCAAUGAGAGCGUCAGUUUGCCGUUCCAGUGCCGCGGGCGGUUUUGCACGCGUUCGCCGCAGGAGAUGCAGAUGCAGGGAGGCCAACACACCGUGCGCAGCAUCAUCGAGCGCGUGCGGUUACCCGUGAACGUGUCUGUGCCGUCACGACCUCCUUGUAACCCAUACGACCUGCAUGCAAUCCGUGAAGGCCAUCGAUAUAAACUCCUCAGCAUCAUCAGCAAAACUGUCGUUCUCUGCUGCAUACUUCGCAAAGAGGAAGUCAUGUCAUCUCACUUCCUGUUAUUAACAGACAUGCCACGCUUCACUCUGCCGGAGGGUUUACUGCAUGCUGACAUUUCCUAUCAGCAGGUGGUGCUACAGUGCGCUCUGCGUUGCCAGGAAAGCUUCGAUCCGGACAAUUACUCACAUGCCGUGCGCGAAGUCAAGACGGAUUUCUCCGAGGAGUGUCUCAGCCCACGGCAGAUUCAGGUGUGCGUUCAAGGCUAUGGGCGCGACGAGCUCGGGACGUCCCUGCAGAGACUGUCUCUGUGUGUCUAUGGAGGCGGAGCCAUCACACACACGAUAUCACAUGGCUGCGGAGACUCGCCGGGCGACUCGCACACGCUGCCCUCUAGUGACGGUGAGGAACGAGAAUACGUCACACCCAAUUGGUCAACAGAGACACAGGAGAUUCCAUACGAGGAGCUCUGGACCAAUCAGAGUUCUGGAAGUUUUGGGGUGACGUCUGAGAGCUCAGUGAAGGCGGAGCAUAACCUCAUAUCCUUCCACUCCACUACCACAUCAUUAGAUGGAACGGUGGGCUCCACCCACGUAGCCAUGGUGCAGAUGGAAGCAGGAAGAGUAUCAAGAGUAUCGACUCCACCUCCUGUCCCUCCCAAAUCUGAAGCUGUGAAAGAAGAGUGUCGUUUCUUAAACGCUCCUCCUGUUCCGCCCCGCUGUGCUAAAGGCCCCGCCCCCAGCCCUCCAGUUCCCACCCGCUUACCUAAAACUCCGCCCAGACAGACGCUCAACCCAAAACUCUCAUUUUAUUCCUCUGGACUGCAAGAAAGUUCUGCUCCUCGUAGUGGCAGCAACUCUCCAUCGCCAGACUCUUAUUCUCUGUAUUGUUACCCGUGCACCUGGGCCGGCUGUGUGACCUCUGACCCCUGUGUGAGCCCUGAUCCCACCCAACCUGCACAAGCCUGUUGGUCCCACCCACGAGGAGGCGGGGCCUACACCUCCAACAUCCUCAAUACACCUCUACUCAGUACUGACUCCACCCAAAAGAACUACUCCACCUGCCCUAGACCGCUGCCGGUGGCGCAAAACCGCUUUGCACCAUUUGGUGCCCUAAACCCUUUUGCUAAUCCUGGACACGCCCACGCCUCCUCCGAUUGGCUCACCACCACAGAUAGGAACUCUCCCACUCUGAUACCUGACCUCAUUAGCUCUACCCCUAAGGAGCCUCAAGCCAAUCAGGGAGGUUCAGAAGGUGGCCCUGAGACUCCGCCUAGACCCGUUAAGAGUUCAGAAGAGGACGCGGUUGCUGCAGACCCCGCCUCCGGAUCAGUCACCAAGGCAAAGGGGGCAGAGGGAGGGGCCGGGUCAUCUUGGCGACCCCCAGCAGAGCUCUGCUGGCUCUCAGUGGAGGAGGUUUCAUCCAGUCUUCGGUUCAUCGGCCUUUCAGAUGACGUGAUUGGUCUGUUCAGCCGAGAAAGAAUUGACGGCUCUAUUUUCACUCAGCUGACAGAGGAAAUCUUGUCAGAGGACUUUAAACUCACCAAACUACAGGUCAAAAAAAUCAUGCAGUUCAUCAAAGGAUGGAGACCCAAGAUAUGAGCAACAUCCUUGUGAAUUUAGGAAUGUUUUUUUUUUGAGAGACACAGGAGUACUCCAGCUACAAUGAGUGCUUCUGUUCUUACUUAUUCAGAUGUUUUAUAAAUGUGUGUGUGUGUCUGAAAUACACCUCUCUAAUUGAAGGACUGACCGAUUGUGACUAAUAUAUUAUGGAACACUAUUUGAUGUUUUUGUUGUUUCUGGGGUGGGAUGGUUUUGCGUGGCUUCAGUUGACAGUCAGAACUUAUGGUGUGGUCUUUCAAGGGUUUACUGACUGUGUUUUGACCACUUUUGUCUGAUUUAUGGUAACCUGACAUGUUUGUUGGAUUUGGGACUAUGAUGAAUCUCAUGAAACCUGUCAGGAACAUGUCCAGGUUACAUUUUUGCAGAAAAUCAAAAACUAAAAAUAAAUAAAU